CCAUGGAUGUAUAGUCUCCACAAUCAAACUGUUUCUUCCAGAUGGAAUGGAAGCUCGAUUGCGAUCAGAUGUUAUCCAUGCUCCAUUACCAAGUCCUGUUGACAAGGUUGCUGCUAACACUCCCAGUAUGUAUUCUCAGGAAUUGUUUCAGCUUUCACAGUAUCUACAGGAAGCCUUACAUCGGGAACAAAUGUUGGAGCAGAAGCUGGCAACCCUUCAGCGACUACUUGCUGUCACGCAAGAGGCUUCAGAUACUAGUUGGCAGGCUUUAAUAGAUGAAGACAGGCUGCUAUCAAGAUUAGAGGUUAUGGGAAAUCAAUUACAGGCAUGUUCAAAGAAUCAAACAGAAGACAGUAUACGAAAAGAGCUUAUAGCAUUACAAGAAGACAAACACAACUAUGAGACAACAGCCAAAGAGUCCCUGAGGCGGGUCCUUCAGGAGAAAAUCGAAGUGGUCAGAAAACUGUCUGAAGUGGAGCGGAGUUUAAGUAAUACAGAAGAUGAAUGUACUCACCUGAAAGAAAUGAAUGAGCGGACUCAGGAAGAAUUAAGAGAAUUAGCCAAUAAGUACAAUGGGGCUGUAAAUGAAAUUAAAGAUCUUUCUGACAAGCUAAAGGUAGCAGAAGGAAGACAAGAAGAAAUCCAACAGAAAGGACUGGCUGAGAAAAAAGAAUUGCAGCAUAAAAUAGAUGAAAUGGAAGAGAGAGAGCAAGAGCUUCAAGCAAAAAUAGAAGCUUUGCAGGCUGAUAAUGACUUCACCAAUGAGCGGCUAACUGCUUUACAAGUACGGUUAGAACAUCUUCAAGAGAAAACUCUUAAAGAACACAGCAGCUUAGGCAUACAAGUUGACGACUUCAUACCUAAAAUUAAUGGGAGCACAGAGAAAGACAAGAUCAUAGAUGAAGGACAUCUAACCAAAGUGGAAGAAACAAAGCUUUUGAAAGAGAGUCAAGCAAGAGUCAAAGAAUCUGAUUUGUCAGACACUCUUAGUCCAAGCAAGGAAAAAAGCAGUGACGACACUACAGAUGCCCAAAUGGAUGACCAAGAUCUAAACGAACCUAUUGCUAAAGUAGCUCUUCUAAAAGAUGAAUUGCAGGGUGCACAAUCAGAGACUGAGGCUAAGCAAGAAAUUCAGCAACUGCACAAGGAGCUGAUUGAAGCCCAAGAGCUAGCUAGGACAAGUAAACAAAAAUGCUUUGAACUUCAAGCACUAUUGGAAGAAGAGAGAAAAGCAUAUCGAGUGCAAGUUGAAGAAUCCAACAAGCAAAUAAAUGUUCUGCAAGCUCAGUUGCGAAGAUUACAAGAAGAUAUUGAGACUCUUCGUGAGGAAAAGGAGAAUGAAAUUUCAAGCACUCGAAAUGAACUAGUCAGUGCUCAAAAUGAGAUUCUGUCACUUCAACAAGUAGCAGAAAAGGCAGCAUCAGAACGAAAUACAGAUAUUUCUGCAUUGCAAGAUGAGCUGCAAACAGUGCGAGCGGAACUUGAACGGUGGCGGAAAGAUGCCUCAGAGUAUGAAAAAGAAAUUGUCAGUUUGCAAGCCAGUUUUCAGCUCAGGUGUCAGCAGUGUGAGGAUCAGCAGAAGGAAGAGGCUACUCGCUUAAAAGGUGAACUUGAAAAGUUGAAGGCAGAGUGGAGUGCUCUGGAAGCUGAAUGUGUUACACUAAGGAAGGAAAAUACUUUGCUUACAUCUGAAGUUCAGCGACAAGAGAAGGAGCUUUCUAGCUCUCAGAAACAGAGUUUAGCGCUAACCAGCGAUAUAAGUGUUCUUGAAAUGUCUCGAAAGGAACUUGAAAAUCAGAUGGGAUCUUUGAGAGAAAAACAUCAACGGGAUGCAGCUAGUCUGAAAAGCCAACUCAGUGAAGCUGAGAGUCAAGCAAAAGAUGUUCAGAAAGAGUAUGAAAGAACACAGACUGUGCUCUCAGAGCUGAAGGCGAAGUAUGAGAUGGCUGAACAAAAAAAUCAGUCACUCACAGAAGAGCUGAAACAAUGUAAAGAAAACCUGAAGCUGCUACAAGAAAAAGGAAACAACCCUUCCAUAUUACAACCCGUCCCAGCCGUAUUCAUCGGCCUAAUCCUGGCUUUCCUGUAUUGGUGUUACGGCCCAUUGUGGUAGCGAAAGAGACAAUGGCCUUGGAUGCCUGUGAUGGCAGCUUUGGUUGCUGUAACAGCCGUGGUGCUGUACCCAGGCCUAACCAGAGCUUCUCCAUGAGAACUGUUGUUGAAUCCAUACACCGUCCUCCCUUUAGAAGCUGGCAACAUUCAUAUACUGAGGGAAAACAGAUUAAUUCUCUUCCUUUUUACCUCUUAAUACAGCACAGCUCUGCGUGAGAACAGCAGUAGGGUCAUUUGCUUUAAACUGUAUAAAAUGUAUCUGUCUAUAAAGAGGGAAU